AUGGCGUCCAGCUCCCACAUCUUGCUGAUACUCCUCUGCAUCCUAGUAUUUUGUCUUUCCGAAAAUGGCGUAUGUGCCUUUGGUGCGGGAAAUAUCCCUGGCUUCGCAUACAUGGAAGGAAGAGCCUUCCGCCAUGGCGAUAUUGAGGACACCCUGGGAGAACUUGCCAAACAAGCUGGCGGUUUCGCACUCGGUGCUCUGAUAGGUAGGGGAGGAUCCAAAUUUGGUGACCUAGACAUCAAACGUGUUUACUUUGGUAAUUGGCUGCGGGAUUAUAGUCAGGCUGUGGAUGUCUCUGGAUUACAGAAGCUCCAACUACAGACUAUAGUAAAUCUGUGCAUGGUCUUGGGAUUCAUGGCUCACGGUUAUGCUACCGAUGAGUUUGAGGUCACACCCGAGCGGCUGGGUGUUUAUUUACCUAUCGAACAUAUCGACAAUCCCAAAGGGUAUCCACAUAAUGCUAGACAAUACCAUCCGCAACUACGAGGGCCCGUUGAUCCCCGAGAAUUGGACAUCGAUCCUCGCACGGGGAUGAAGAACUACAUUGCCAAUGAAAACGGAUCAUGGGACACCUCCAAGGCGCUCGUUCGCCGUACGCUCCAACACUGCAUCCAAUUUGGACGGCAGUACCGCUCCCAGGGCAGGACCACAGAUUUAUAUGAAUCGUACCGCUUGCUCGGCCAGGCUUUACACACUUUGGAGGACUUUUCUGCACACUCAAACUUCUGUGAACUUUCUCUGAGGGCGCUCGGGCACGACAACGUCUUCGUGCAUGUCGGUGGCCAGGUGCGUAUCCAAGCACCCGGCGGGAAGUGGGUUGCACCGCUUGUUACAGGUACAUUCGGUUCUAGUGAUUUCAUUCACAGCUUGCUAGGAGAGGCGACCGAUCACAUUAGUGAAGCAUCCGUGACCGACCUCAACGCAGAGCUCAAGAAAGCUCGCGCCAAGUCGGAGAACAACGGUGGUGCCGUGGAUAAUCUCCGCGAUCUGCUCUUCAAGCUACCUGGCGGAAGUGGCAGCGAGAUGUCGAGGGAGAUAGAGGGCGUCGAGCGCAUUAGGGCGGCACCCAACCACCCAGGGGAAAAGAGGCCCGAGGAGAUGAGCCCACAGGAGCUGCACGCAGUCCUGUGGCAGGUCCUGACGUUCAGGGAUUCCAUGAUGAAGAAGAUCACUAUAAUUAUUGAGAAGAUACCUGGACUGGGAUCCUUACUUGAGAAAAUCAGCGACUCGGUAUCCGUUUUUGUGUUCACGACUCUCGAGCCCUUCAUCAAGCCGAUCAUGAAGCAAGCAACAUCUGGAUUGAUGGCCGCUUCUGGCGAAGUCAUCGACAAGCAUGACCAGUACGAGGUUUUUGACGAUCCGCGAGCCUCGGAUCCGACUCACUCGUUCUUGAGCAAAGAUCAUUUCAAUCUGAUUUUGAAUGAACCCGCCGGACAUCUGGCAAAGAUCAUCUUGACCCACACCGUCAACCUGGUAGUCAAGGCAUGGGAAGACACGUCGCUCAACGCCCACAGCAUCGCCGAAGACGUUUUGCAAUGCCUCUUUCAUCCCGACUUUCACCAGCGCAACUCCAAGAUCCAACGCGACAUGAUGGAGUACAUGAGGAACUGGGUUCAAGGACUCGGCGGCCGCCAACGCGAGAUAGUCGACCGGCUCAGCAAGGAUGCAGUUCGAAACCACAGGAACGUCCGAGGGACAGGCGAGGGCGGUUCCGUUACAGCACAGGGCACCUUUGCACAGAACAUCGGUUUGCAGGCACAGCACGACAUCAUAGCAGAUGUCCCUGGCCUGGCUGCAGCCCAAUCGCUCUUUGGUAAGGUCGGUGCUGUCGGCUCGAGCGCCAGCCAGCUGCCCGGACAGGCGCAGGCGUAUCUGGGAAGUUUCGGGGUUGGUUCGAGCUCUGGGGCGGUGCGUGUUGCGCCUGGUGGUCCGCCAGGGACCGAGACAUUCGUCGACGUGCGUGAGUACACAAGCACGCAAGCUAUACCAUCCGAGGAUCUUCCCUACGCUGUCCACCAUGGACAUCACCCUCAUGAGAGAUACGAAGGUCAGUUUGCUUCAGGACAGACCGCGUCGUACUAUUCGGAGAGUCAUGCUGUCAGUAUGCCUUCGGAGGAGUAUCAGGCCUCUUCGUACGGCACGUCCGGCACGCAAUCUUUGUCCCGUCCCUACCAUCGCGAGGAAAUACAGUCCUCGUUUUCGUCGUAUGCCCCGCCCCCUGGCCCGCCAGCGUCCUUCCCAUCGAACGAGCCUGCGCACAGCGGAUACAACCCAGAAUAUGCAAGCGGGUACAACCAGUCGUCGUUCUCAUCUGGCGGCACGGGUCCCUCGUAUCAAUCUUAUGGAAGGAAUGAGCGACCAGGGUAUGGUGCGUAUGCAUCCCCGUACGGUGCGCCGCCGCCUCCUCGACCUGGAGGUCCUAGCUUUCCUGGCGCAUAUGCCCCGCCUCCAGGACCCCCGCCGUUCCCCGGACAAGAGCAGUAUCCGCCGCCUGGUCCUUAUGGAGGUCCGCCGCACCCGGAGAGGCGGUAUGACGGAUGGUAA